AUGCCACAACAUUGCGGACUCGAUAAGUUCUACCAGGCCAGCUACCCGCAGGUGCACGUGCGAUCCUCGGCAUCUUCCGGAGGAGGACGCAUCCCUCAUACCUCGAUUCCCUCCGCCUACAGUGCAGAGUCGGCGCAGUUCCGCGAGGGCGUCGCGGCGCACGCGCUCCCGUUCCUGCGGUACGUCGAGUUCACGCUCCUCGGGUACAACGUGAACGACCACGACCAGUACCCUGCGAUCUCAGCGUUCCUGCGUGACCGCCGGACAAUCAAUACGCGUGCUCUCCGUGCUGAGAUGCGUGCGGGCCAGGGCGACGGUCACCUCCCGAAGGACGUUGCGGCGGCACUUGUCCCUCGCAGGGUGACGGCGCUGUCGCUACAGGCGGAGCCGUCGACGGAUGCGAUCCCAUUUGUCUCGCAAAUGUGCCCGGGCCUCCCGCCGAACCUGAGCUUCAUGGGGCUCUCGCAGCUCAAAGCUGAGGACGUUGUGGCGGUCGUUGAGGCGGGCUUCCCGACGGUGCGCGUGGACGACUACUAG